GCUCUAUCUUUUUAUACAGGCUGGGAAUAAGACUGGGUGGCAAGUUGACCACCACAGGAGCUGUGAAGGAGGGCCACUCUGAACUUCAGCUACCUCUUUUUAUUUUGUACUUUUGAGCGAGGAAAAAUGACUGAGAAAAAGAACGGUGAGUGUUCCACACACAUCCAGACAUUGUGCUUGCCACAUUUUUUUCCCUCUAUAUUUGACAUCAGACAUCAGAAGAACUCAGUGUUAAAGAUUAAUAGAACUGGCCACUGCUUGCUGUUUGAUGGGGUAAGCUACCUUUUGUGGUGUUGAGUUUGUGAUCUAGAUUAGGAACCUUUUAAAUAUGGCUUUUUUCAUACAGUCUGUUUUUGCCAAAGAUGUUUCAAAUCAUUUAGCUUUCAUUAAAGGACACACACUCUUAGAAAAAAAGGUGCUAUCUAGAAACUACAAGGGUUAUUCGGCUGUCCCCAUAGGGGAACGUGUUGAAGAACCCUUUUUGGUUCCAGGUGAACCCUGUUGGUUCCAGGUAGAACCCUAUUGGGUUCUAUGUAGAAAUCUUUCCCCAGAGGGUUCUACAUGGAACCCAAAAGUGUUCUACCUGGAAGCAAAAAGGGUUCUACCUGGAACCUAAAAGGGUUCUCCUAUGGGGACAGCCAAUAAGAGUGCAGUGAUACUUUAUCCAUGCGUCUUUGAUUCUGUUUAGCAAAAACUUUGAGUAUUUAUUAUUAUCUAUAACACAAGGAACCUCUUUUAUUAUCUAAUUGGGGGGUCUAGAGUUCUUUCAGAAUGGAGAACGUUAUCCUUCACCAUUAUCACUCAUUUAACAAUGUUUACUAAAUCCAGUGGGUUCUAGCAUUCACUUCAUUUUACUGUUCCUUUUGGACUUCUCAGCUGUCUCUCCUUCAGUUGUAGUGGCAGACCAUAAACCUUAUUUAACAACUCUCUAUCUUUAUGACACUGUAAUGUCUUGUGUGAUUAUGUUUAGGGAAUGACAGAUAUGAUAAGGGCCCAAGUGUACCUAGCUUGGAACCUCAUCAACCUUGUGAAAUGUUUUUUGACUGCUCAUAUCAGUAUUUCUGUUAUCUAAUUAUCACUAGUAGUAGGUGGUCCCAAUCAUGAUCUUUACUCAAUAUUUUGAAAGCUAUACCUGUAUGUACUGAUAAAUAAUCAAAACAGUGGUAAUAACAAGGGUACAGUUAUCUUGAGUUUAACAUAUUUUUUAGACCACAGUUAUGCUGUUGGCGUUUUACCAGACAUAGCAUCAUUGAUUGUGUGGCUUUUAAUUUGGAGAAUUAGAAGUACUCCUGAAUUCUCAAGCAUGGACACUUCCGUGUGUCUUGUAGAGAGAUGCUCACCAGGACUCUCUGACAUUUCUAUGUUUCAAUGUAAAGCCAUUGUCAAACCUGAGUCACCAUCCAAUGAACAACAUCUCAGUCUCCUUCUAGCAGAAACAGUUACAGCAUGACUGGUGAUUGUUGUGUGGUCUGGUUUCGUUUUGGUCUGGGUUGAGUUGUGGGCUCAUGUGUAAAACACUGUGGUUUCUAUCUGUGGUUUAGUUGCUGAAACUGCUGGUCUGUGGCAUUCCAUGACUCUUGAUGUGUGAGACAUUUUAGUUACUUCAUGUAGUGGACAGUCACAGUUCUGAAACAGAUGUAGCUUUAUGAAAUGUUCUUUCUAUUGUGAAAUGAGGCAGAAGACCUUCUUCCUGAGAGAGACACAAGGGAAUGAACUAGGCCUUUCACCUUAUAGAAGUAUCUCCCUUCAGUUAAGGAGACAUGUAUUUCCCUACACACAGAGUGUACUCAGGUAGAGGCUAAAACAAUAGCAGGGCUUGUUCUCCAGCUCCAGGCCUGUGACUCCAGGAUCCACUGGAGUGAGUUUAGGAAAUGUGGAGCUUUCCUGGAACCAGCAGCUGGAACACUGGAAGGGAGACUGGCCUGAGAUAAAGUCAGCGCUUAGACAAGGUCUGCUUAUGUCAAAAAGAUAUGUGGUCCCUUCCUCACCCCUGUCAUUACAGAGAGUCCUGGGCAGGAACAGUAACACAUUAAUGUACUGAUACAGCCUCACAUGACAUAGGUGGAUGGGUUUGGGAUGGGUUUUGUGGUCGUGGAAAGUUUUUGUUAGAAGUAGAAUGUCUCCUCAAAAUCAACAAGGUUGAGAAUCGCUUUUGUACGGAGAAGGAAUGUUCUAAUUUAAAUCUGUAUUGCAGGGUUCUCCAAAUCCGGUUCUGCAACGUGACUGGGUGUGCAGGGUUUUGCUCUAGCCCAUACCUGUUUCAAACAAUCAACUAAUCAUGGUCCUCAUGUGUGUUAGUGCUGGCUGGACCAAAAUCCAGCACACCCAUGAGCCAGUGUAUCUUAUGGCUCCAGACUAAUGUCUGGAAAAGUCCUUGAAUCAGCAGCCUAUAACAUGUGCUGAGUCAGGGUUCUCUGGGGUUGCCAUAGGUGACUGCACCAAAACUGCUGUUAUUGUUUGAAAAUAGUCCAUUUUAGUAUAUAAUGUACAGUCAUCACACUAACAGAGCUUCACUGUAUGUUAUGCAGGUCAACUGUGUGUUUUAAAAACCGUACAGUAUACAAAAGCCUACAAAUUCAGGAUACAUUUUUACAUCUUCAUUUUCACUGUGUUAAAUAGUGACAGUACUUGAUGUUAUUAUUUUAACGCUAUCUCAGUAAAAACCCAUGUAUCUUAUUGUUGAUGGAUGUUCCACACUGAUAGACAGUGGUGAGUAAGGGAAAAAAGUGGAGGAUUACCCCAUCACUCUAUGAAGAGCCAUCAGCUGCCUGUAAACUGUGCCCAUAUCCUGAGGUAGUGCGUACAGACGGCAGACCCCAUGGCCUUACAGGACCCCCAGUGUUUUCUCCCUGAAUUUGAGUCUCCCUCAUUUGUGUGCAAUGUUGAUUUUCCUCUCUUUUAAUUGGUAUCAGGAGUAUCAGGUUGACGCUUGUUUCCCUGCAUAAGGUAUAACGGGAAAAAGUGUUAUGUUAUUGAUAAGAAACAUGCUCAUCCGGCAGGCUCUUCUUCUACAGCUAGCUAUGGUGAUCCAGGUAGUGGGCGGCAGGUAGCCUAGCGGUUAAGAGCAUUGGUAACCAAAAUGCCGCUAGUUCAAAUCCCCGAGCCGACUAGGUGAAAAAUCUGUCUGUGCCCUUGAGCAAGGCAUUUAACCCUAAGUCGCUCUGGAUAAGAGCAUCUGAUAAAUGACUAAAAUUUAAAAUGUUAAAUAUAGUGCAACUGUUUGUGUUGUUGGUGUCGAAUGGUUGAAUAAUGUCUUCACUAUUGGGCAUGUAUUGAUGUUUGUAUGUAGGAGAUUGUUCCUAAGUGUCCGUCAGACUAGUGUAUUGCCCACAUAGCUAGGGCCACGUGACCAGAUCAGUAAAACGUCUUGGCCCUAUAGCAUACAUAAAGACUUGUGUAUACCUACAAAGUAAUAACAGAUUUAUAGACCUGUGUAUUACCUACAUGUGUGUUAGACGUGAGUUGGAUCCACACACAGACUGUGUGUUUGUUUGCGCUGAGUCAGGAGCUUAUCAUGCCUUGCAGUCAGUCAGUCACUCAGUGUUUCUGCUGGUCUGCUCUGCUGGGCUGGUCUGGUGUGUGGCAGGUCUCCACACAGGCUGAAGCUGGCUGGCCGGCCUGCACGGUUAAUGAUCACUCCAAAACUCCACUCUCUGCGCCUCAGCUACCUGCCUGCAAACACAGCAGAUGUACGCAUGUUACCUGUGUGUGUGUGUGUUUGGUUUUACUAUCCUUGUGGGGACGUGAAGUCCUCACAAGGAUAGUAAAACAAGGAAAAUCCGGACAAGUGGGGACAUUUCGCCGGUCCCCACAAGGAAAAAGGCUUUUGUAGGCUUAGGGGUUAGAUUUAGGAUUAGCGUUAAAAUUAGGGUUAGGGUUAGAAUUACGGUUAGGGGUUAGGAGUUAGGGUUAGGUUUAGUUUUAGGGUUAGUGUUUUGGUGUUAAGGUUAGGGUUAAGGUUAGGGUUAGGUUUAGGGUUAGGGUUUAGGGAAAGUAGGAUUGUGUGUGUGUGUGUGUGUGUGUGUGUGUGUGUGUGCGGUGCAUUAGUGUGUCUCACACGUGUGACGUAAGUUGUAAACGGUGGUUGAAUAAUCAAGUGUGGCUUUGUUUUGGUUCAACCAAACUUUAAAAGUUAGUGACUGGUCAGUUCAUGGACCUUUCAUAAUCAUCAGUAAUUUAAUGUAAUGAACUGACCUCUCAUUCUGCCCAACCUUGUGUUCUAGCUAGGGACACAGUGACAAUUUGUUGGGGCUCGAGAUGGCACUGAAAUCAAGCCUGCAGUUUGUUUUAGCUCUAUGGAAAUGGAGCAGACUUUGGACUAUUGAUCCUAUUCAUUUGUACUUUUUCAAUGUGCCAGUGUGUUAUUAUGGCACUCUCUUUUCCUUUUCACCUAUCUGAUUAAAACACUUUUCUUCUUCAAGAUGUUCAAACGUUCACUGUGGCCCUUUCCAAAGUUACCCCCGGACAAGUCCAACCAGGCAGGAUAUUACCCCACCCACUUUGCCAAAGCACAGCCCCCAUACCACCAAAGGGAUAUCAACAGACCACUAACUUACUACCCUGAGACAAGGCCGAGUGUAGCCCACGAAGAUCUCACUCACCGCACGAGCCCGAGGGGGCGCAAAACCGGACAGAAAGAUCACGUCAGUGACUCAACCCACUCAGGUCGAGUAUAGCGAAAAAAGCCUGGCACGAUGUGAUGCACCCCUCCUAGGGACGGAAUGGGAGAGCGCAAGCAAGCCAGUGACUCAGCCCCCGUAAUUGGGUCAGAGGCAGAGAAUCCCAGUGGAGAGAGGGAAGCCCGCCAGGCAGAGACAGCAAGGGUGGUUCGUCAUUCCAGUGCCUUGCCGUUCACCUUCACACCCCUGGGCCAGACGACCCUCAGUGUGAAGCUGAACGUAAUGGUAUGUUUUUGUUGUGUGUGUUGUCUUUUACAGGAAGUCCGGGGAUUUCUCUCCCGGGAAGCGCGGGGGUGACCUUCCUGACCCCAUGUCGCGUGGCGGGCGUGUGUCUGACCGUGGUGCUACUGGGGGGGAUUGGAGCUGCUGUCUGGGCUGUAGGUGAGAGACCUCUGCUUCUGCUCUCACAUAGUAGUGAUGUGUACCUUUUGGCAAUGUGCAGUGCUUUAUGGGUAAUGUAGUUUUAGUUUUUCCAUAGUACAGACAGAGACGGAAGAGGAAGCGAGACAUCCCACUCCCUCAUUUUUUUUCUGUUUCAAUGGAAGUCAAUUAACUAAGUACACCAGAACCAGCUGCUAUCACAUUGGUGUCUAUGGGAGAGCCACCCCCUUAAGUAGACAGGAACUGACCAUUUAUUUCAAUGGUAAACAACCUGAAUGAACUAUCUUAAUUUAUCCUCCAUCUUUGGUACAAAUAUUACCAACAUUGUUUGAUUGCAGUCAGUGGAUUUGUUUGCAGGCUCUGUGAGGUUUGCUGUUUCAUCAACAGAGUGUGUAUGCACUUUACAGUUUUAUAUUACAUGUUGUUGACUUUUGUUUGUUUCUUUGUUUUUCAAAUCCUAGUAACGUUUUGUAUCCGAGAAGAAGACACAGGAUUAUAUGAUGGUAAGUGAGAGGGAAACCACUUCACCAAAGCCAACCUCAUAUAGUAUCUGAAUCGAUAGAAGGGCUUGUUUGAUCUAGUAUUUCAUUGCUCCACCCCAGUCCAGGUGAACUCCAAUCCAAGCUCGGAUCUACGUCUCCGGGUGUUUGACUCGGCCCAGCGACGGUGGAGACACGUCUGUUCCUCAGAGGCCAACCAGCUCCUGGCCAACAUAAGCUGUGAGGAGAUGGGCUUUGUCAGGUGAGGAGAUUGAUGGAUUGUGAUAAGAAAGGCUUUAGAUUAAAUACAAAAGUGGGAGUCACUAUCUACAGCAUCAUAAAAGGAUACCCCUAUGCCAUGCAAGAAGGCUGCACAGAAAUUGCUCCACCCUUGCCUGGUUGCUAAAAUUGUAAUGGUUUGCCUAAUUUCAGUUUAUGGCCACAAAACAAGCAAUGUAUAGUUUAGAUAAUCUAAACAGCUGUGAAAUACAUUUAAAAAAUAUAUAUAAAUUGUAUUUUCAGCUGUUUGAAGCUGGUGUACAAAGCAGGGAAAAAAAAGAGGCGAAAACUAAACUUAAGGACAGGAAGCAUAAAAAUAGUGCAUAUAGAAUGGAUCUACCGCUUCUCCUACUUCCUUUCAAUGAGAAUGACAGAUAUAUACCUCACAAUGCUAUGUGAAUUUGGUUGGGUCACCCAAAAAGUUAUACAUACUGCACCUCUAAGUAACUUAAUCGGGUUUAGGCCAGGGAUCUUUCAACUGAUCUGUCAGUGAUAGAAGUCUCCUUAAUAAAGAGAUGCAUGCUUUGUGUCCCCACCAGCGUGGUGAAUUACUCCGUGUUCAGUAUCCCUGAAGGCAGUAACGACCGUGAGGAGGUUUUCUGUGUCAAAGAGAAGGAGCUGACCUACGGCAAGAAGAUCAAAGAGUCUCUAUAUCCCUGGUAAGACAUUCUUAUAACACUCUUAUAUCUCCUAGAUCAGGGGUGUCAAACGUACGGCCCGCGGGCCGGAUCAGGCCCGCAAACGGGUUUAAUCCGGCCCGCGAGAUGAUUUAAAAAGAAAAAAAAAGAAAAAUUAUUAUUAUUAAUUUUUUUUUUGUAAAGUAUAAAGUAUUUUUCAAUAAAAUAAACUGCUGUUCCAAUUGCGUCCACUGGAUGGCGCAAUAGCAAUUGUGUUAAGCAAGCAAACUGUUUAUACCGGGGCAGAGCAAGUAGGUCAAGCACGUGCAGCCAAUGAGCUACUUUGUUUUGCCCGCGAUAUUUAUUACGGCUUCUACUUUUAACAUUAUGUGCUUUGGCACCCUCAUUGCCCCAAUAUGUCUCUGUCAAAAAAGAGAAAAGUGGACGCAGAGUGCAGAGUGUUCCAAGAAAAAUGGUCAUCCUAUUUAUUCACGGAAUUGAAUGGGAAAGUUGUAUGUUUGGUGUGUUCAGAGCAUGUUGCAGUGCUGAAAGAAUAUAACCUUCGUCGCCACUAUGUGAGUCUUCAUGCCGACAAAUAUGACAACUUUCAAGGACAGCGGAGAUGAGAGAAGGUGAAUGAACUGUUGGCGGGUCUGAAGAAACAGCAGUCUGUGUUUACUCACAGCCGAGACAUCAGUGACGCUGCAGUGAAAGCUAGCUACCUCAUUGCUAAUGAAAUCGCAGUGGCUUCAAAACCAUUUAGUGAGGGUGAAUUUGUAAAAACAUGCAUGAUGAAGGCAGCGGAGAUUGUGUGCCCUGAAAAGCGGCAGGCUUUUGCAAAUAUCAGCCUGACAAGAAACACAGUUGCAGACAGGAUUUCCGAUCUUUCAGUGGAUUUGGACAGCCAGUUGAAGCAAAAAGUAAAGUAAUUUAUUGCGUUUUCGGUUGCAAUUGAUGAAAGCACGGACAUUACAGAUGUUGCACAACUGGCCAUUUUUUCAUCCGCGGAGUUGAUGACACAUUGACCGUCACCGAGGAGUUCGUGGAGUUGGUGCCGAUGACAGAUACAACGACAGCAGCUGAUAUUUUUACCGCACUCGUCGGCGCGCUGGACAGGGUCAGAGUGGACUGGUCCCGCGCUGUCAGCCUGGCUACAGAUGGUGCGCCCUCAAUGAUCGGGAAAAAAGCAGGCGUUGUGACAAAGUUCAGAGAGAAAGUGCAAUCUGCAAAUGGAGGACGUGAUUUUUUGACUUUUCACUAUAUUUUGCACCAGGAGGCUUUGUGUUGCAAGUCAUUAAAGAUGGAUAACGUCAUGAAGGUGGUCAUCCAAACUGUUAAUUUCAUCCGAUCCAGAAGCCUGAAUCACCGUCAGUUUGACAGCCUUCUCAGAGAGAAAGCACAUCUAUGGCCUGCCAUACCACACUGAGGUAAGAUGGUUAAGCCGAGGUGCUGUGCUGAGGCGUUUCUUUGAUUAACGAGAAGAAAUUGAACAGUUCAUGGAAGAAAAGGGCAAACCAGUGUUAGAAUUUCAUUCCGCAGAAUGGAUGCCGGACCUUGCAUUUAUGGUGGAUGUUACAGACCACCUGAAUAACUUGAACAAACAGCUGCAAGGGCGCAACAAAGUUGUCACGCAGUAUUAUGACAGCAUACGUUCUUUCAAGUUGAAGCUGUCAUUGUGGGAGACGCAACUUGCCGGUGGUGAUGCAGCUCACUUCCCCUGUCUGAAAAAUGUGUGCGUGACCCAACAUGUGGCAGACAUGAAGCGGUUCAAAGAUAAAAUAACGGGACUGUUACGGGAGUUUGAGCAACGCUUUCAGAUUUAUGUUUAUAUGUUUUUAUGUUGAUGUGCUAUUGUUUUUAAUUGAUUUUAUUUUAUUUGUAUAUUUAACCUAUUCUUGACUCUGUGGUUCUUGCACUUGUUUGGGGAACAGGAUUUCAUUAUUUUUAUCUACAUUUCUGCCUGAGAAAUGACACCCUGAUAUAGUUCUGUGAUCUGUGAAACAGUUCUGUUAAUCACUGAGGCAUUGUGUGUUUGUGUGUUCUUUUUCUUUAGAAUUUUCAAAUAAACUUGACGUGUUUUAUGAUUGAUAGAGAUGUUGUGCUUGUACUAUUUUGGACACACUGUCCUCAGGCUCCAGCUUUAUGUUGUAUGUUGAUCGUAUUAAAACAAAGAAAACAAUCUGAAGUUGUUGUUUUUAAGUUAUAUAUACCAUGAUUUUUCCGGUCCGGCCCACUUGGGAAUAGAUUUUCCUCCAUGUGGCCCCUGAGCUAAAAUGAGUUUGACACCCCUGUCCUAGAUGAUUAUCUUAAGGCCUUGUUUAUUAAACUAGAGCUGGCUGAAAAGGAGAGAAGAGCAGGAAUUCAGGGUUCCAGCCUGAUGUGUCUGACUGUUGUUGCUGUUGUUGUUUUUCAGUGGCUGUGAAAGUGGCCAGGUUCUAAGUCUGCUUUGUCAAGGUAGGUACUGCUGAGAGCUUUGGUUUGGUCCUGACACCAUGACACACUUUUUACACAAAGUGAUGAAAAGCAACCUGAGAGUUGUACAGGAUGGCUUAACUCUCUCUCUCUCCUGCAUCUCUCUUUACUCAUCCCUCCCGAUCUCUCUCUCUUCCUUCCACUCUCUCCUCCUCCUCCCUCCCCAUCCAUAUCUCUCUCUCCUCCCUAUCUCUCCCUCCCCUCUCUUUCUCUCUGUCUAGACUGUGGCAGGCGUAGUCUGACAGAGGACCGUAUAGUGGGUGGUGUGGAUGCUAGGCAGGGUAGCUGGCCGUGGCAGGUCAGUCUGCAAUAUGACGGGGUGCACCAGUGUGGAGGCUCCAUCAUCUCAGACCGCUGGAUCGUCAGCGCAGCCCACUGCUUCCCAGAGUACGCCCUGAAUCUUUCUCUCCAUCUCUCUCUCCAUCUCUCUCUCUCUCUCUCUCUCUCUCUCUCUCUCUCUCUCUCUCUCUCUCUCUCUCUCUCUCUCUCUCUCUCUCUCUCUCACACACACACACUUCUUCUCAUUGAUUCUGUUUGUCCUCUCUCAGGAGGAACCGUCAGGUGUCUCGAUGGAGGGUGUUACUGGGCUCCAUCUACAACAAGCUCACCCAUAAGAAUGUUAGGGUUCUUGAGGUAAAGACUGUGGUGUACCACAGCAGCUACCUGCCCUUCGUAGACCCCAACAUAGACGACAACAGCAGAGACAUCGCUGUUCUGGCUCUGGCCCAGCCUCUUCACUUCACAGGUAAACAUUGGGGGCCCAUAUUGUUAUAGCUUAUUAUACUGUGAUGAUUUGUUGGUCUUUUUCAAGGUACAUCAGAUGAAGCCACAGUGUGCUUAUAGGUAGAAGAGGGAGAGAAAGAGAGAGAGGGGGGGGGGGAGAGACAGAGAGAGAGAGAGAGGGGGGGGGGGGGAGGGGGGGGGGUAGAGAGAAGUGAUAAAGCGAGAUAGAGAAUGAGGGACGAGUCACUAUGGUAAUUCCCUUCCUCAGGGUUCAGGUUUCCAGUCAGACUUCCAAACAAAGGCCCUCUUUACUGCCUGCCUGCAGUCGCCUGGACAAAAGACAAUGAUAUCAGAACCGGACAGAAUAGUUUGGCCUCUGUUUCACUGUAAUUUUUCCUUUCCUGGAAUCUCUGGACGUUCAUAGAAAAACAUUACAUUGUUAUAAUGUGAGAGAGAAAACUCUCUACGACAGCGUUUUGGAUUUUGCCUUAACACUACACGGCUGAUUCAAAUUAUCAAAGCUUGAUGAUUAGUUGAUUAUUUGAAUCAGCUGUGUAGUGCUAGGGCAAAAAACAAAAUGUGCACCCCCGAGUUUGGGAAACCCUGCUCUAGGAUGUAGUUGUUAUGCAGGCACUACAGUGAACUUCCUGUUGUUUAUCAAGGCCAGAUGUAUUGGGCCUUGUCUGACAUCUAGUGGUUGGACAGAGUUGCAACUAUUCACAUGAUAAAAUAACACACUGGUGUGGAAAUUGAGAACAUGCAACAUUAGCCGGACAAGAUUAACAUUGUCCGUAGUGAAUACAACACACAAGCCAUCAAGUAAUCUCAAUUUCUCUGCAAGUAUACAAUUAAUUACAAUCUCAUCUCAUCUCUCUCUCCCUCCUCUUCACCCUCUGUUUUCUGUAGACUACAUCCAGCCAGUGUGCUUACCCCACUAUGGCCAGCGCCUGAUUGACGGCCAGAUGGGGACAGUGACAGGCUGGGGAAAUGUAGGUUAC